GGGCCUUUUAGAUUCGUUUUAAAAUGUUUCUGAAUUUGCAGAAAACGAUCAACAGCGCUGUGGUUUGAGCCUGCAAAAGGCCGGCGGCCAAGCCUCUGCGCUAGGCUAAAAAUAACCCGAUCCGUGUGUGCUGGGCUGCGCGUACACCUGGAGUUCAGCGUUUCACCCGUAUGGCUUUGCAGGGCAGUGCACGUAAUGUUAAUGCAUGCGCUGGUAAAAGUCCCCAGUGGCGUUUGUGACCGUGGAGCAGCUGCUGUGUGGCCGGGGUGGGUCCACCGUGACAGCCCGGGACGGCCCCAGGACUGCUCGUGGUUGGGUAAUUUUUCAGGUGCCUCAAUACAUGAGCUUGAUUGAGACAGUGGGGUACUGCUCAAAUGCUUACAAAAAGUCAGCGAUAGGUAAUUUUUCAGUGCAUUUAAAGCCAGUUGAAAUGACGGAGCUAUUAAUGCCAGUGGAAGAGCAUUUUGAAGUUGUAUUGGAAGUUCCUUUUGUGCCCCUCUAUAUCCCCGUGUUUCGUGUACUGUUGACAUAGUAUUUAUUUGUAUGUUUGGCAGAAGAGUGGAUUUCACUCGGAGGGGUCGUUCCUGUGCUUCACUGCUUGUAGCUCUAAAAGCCAUUUGUGUUUCUUCUGAAGCCUCACCGUGUUUCCUUGCACAGGGUUUUGGGUCUCAAAUGCCUCGGACUCUGAGCUGGUGCAGACAAACUCACCCAUUUGAUUCAUGAAUUUUGCAUCGCUCCUUUGUAACACUCAGGCUCAUGCAAUCCUUAUCCCAGCUGUGCUUGCGGGCAAGCUGAGUGUGGUUUGUGCCAUGGUGUUUGCAGUAGUGGCACGCUGGAAGGGACCACCUGCAGCAAAGCUUCUCAUUAGAAGAUCUGUCCUUGGUAAGACAAGGUUGUCAAAGGUAGACAGUGAGUUGAAACAUCUCUGGUUUUUUUUAAUCUUGUUUUUUUAUCACAGCUCUUAUCUAGACUCACUAAACCUGUUUUCAUGCAGUGGUGCAGAUGAGAAUGACAUUUGCUUUGCAAGGGUCAGUUGGGUGUUCGUAAAGCACAGUAGUUCAUAGUGUGCUGCAGGACAUUCCAUAGCUAGUGGGGGGUUAUUCUGGACUGUGUUAUGUGGCUUCGUGUCUGCAGUUCAUGACAGUGAUAACAAUUUUUAAGGUGCAUGGUCUGUAUAGUUACUUAGGUUAAAUUUUAAAUUAGUAUCCUAAGAGUGUUAAUCUGAAAGGCAACUUCUCUCUUUUAAGAAAAACCUGCUUGUUACUCUUACAGGUAUCCUGCUAAAUGGCUUUAGCUCAUGUGGUAUUAAAUGGAAAGGGAUUUAGUAUUAUACCAGGGAGAGCUGGGCCAUCCUUGCUCUAAUGCUUCCUUACAAGAGAAGCUGGACCUUCUGUUACAGGGCAGUUCCUGCUGCCCUGUCCUGUGCUAAAGAGGUGCAGAAGGGCGAGUCUGAGCUGAAACGAUGUGUUAGGAAUUGCUGGAGAUGCUCCAGUUGUCUCUUUUGCCAGCUAGAGCGGUCCUGUCGCUCACCUCUUUGGGGUGAAUGAAGGUUUAGAUGCUGAGGCAGCUGGGGGGCCUUGCUAAAGAGUCUCACCAACCCAGCAGUGCUUUGUAACAACAGACAUCUGCAAGAAAUCUGCAACUGCUGUUUUAACAGUGCUGUGAGGUGGAUUUUCCCCUCUGUUUCUGUGUUCUCAUAUUCACGUGCUCAGCAGCACAGUGGGUUGGCCUUGCAGCUCACCUGCCCCUCCUGGUCAUGUGGCUCUUGGGUACAAAGACAAGAGAAAGAAAAAAUACUUGAAACAGGCAUUGGGAAAACACAAAAAAUAAUAGAGACUUGAGCAGGUUUAGUAAGUGGCUGCAUUUUAAGUAAUCUUCAUUUUGAAUUAUGUAAUACAAUGCUGAUUAAACAAAUAGAAAAAAAUUUCAAAGUGGAUUGGAGUGAGUAGUUUAAAUUACAGGUUGUGUGUGCUAAUGCAGGCUUGGUUCAGUGCAGUCCUAGGAAAGCUCCUGUAAUAGAUAUUAAAGAUUAAAUUAUCAAAACAAAGCAGCACUAGUAACAGGAAUUCACAGAUAGUACAACUUUAUGCCAUCAUGCAAAAGCACAGAAUAUAAGCCUUGGGAUGAAGGAUAGGCUUUUUUUUAAUAAGGAUUUUCAUCAAACUCUGAGGUUUAGAGCAGUGUUUGUGUAGUUUAAAGUUUGAUUAUUGAAUUAGUUUUAAAGAGUGUGUUAUGUGAGGCUUGGUUUUAGUACAUACACUUGCAAAGUAAACACCACAAGCACUUUACAAGAAAUAGGGUUCCAAGAAAAACUAUGAGACUUUUAUAAACACCAUUAGCUUUAAAUAGAAACUGAUGUGUGUGACAGUGUUUGGUUUGCACAGCAAGUCACAGGAACCCUUAAUGUUUGCACUCGCUGCUGCACAAACCUGGAUUCCUGUUGCUGCUGCUUUUCAAAGCACUGUGUACCCCGUGGAUCUGCCCAUCCUGUGACAGCAGGAGUGAGGGCAGGGCAGCAGUUACCUUGCUGCUGGCUGAGAUGUGGGAAUGCUGCCUCCAUCAGAAAGGCGGGAACCAACAAGAUGAUGCUGCUGUUGAAAGCUCCCAUGUGUUACGGCGCUGUUUCUGUGGUGACCAGUUUCUCAGUGGCUGUGGAAUAGGAGCUGUGCACACUGCUGGAGGAUGUAUUUAUCUCUCUGUUUCUUGGAGAGAGAAGGCUGAAUAUGCAAAGGUCUGAAUAAUAACAGUGAAGCAAAACUGAAAACCUUGCUUUACUGUUGUUUCAUCAGGCUACCUGUGUGAAAACCUCUGAGUGAAGAACUAAACAGAGUGACAGAAGUGUCUGGUUUAAAUUACAUGCUGUUGCUUAGCCAGCACCAGGGCCAUGUUUUGAAAAUUCUCACUAAUCCUCUAUUUGGUAGGUGCCAGUGUUUUCACAGUAUCUAGGCAAACCUCCGCCUCUUCCAAGGGCUUUGAUCAUUCCUCCACCUCAUUUUUCUGCAGUGUGCUGCACUUUCAGCAGCAUGUUCCACUGUGGACUGUUGGCUGUUUGGAGCUAAAAGCCAGCUUAAAUCUUGUUGAUGGUGGAAAAUUUUUUUAUGUUGUCCUAAUAAUGCUCUCCAACUCACUUGACUAUUGAUUUGUGUGCAAUAUCCUUGAGAAGACUUGUCCUGAAAAAAUUUCAACACCUGACUGUAGUGUUCAAGGUCAAACCCCUUCAAGUUUCUAAAACUAGUGUUAUGAAACUUGGGAUUUCAAAUGAGGAAGAUUAAAAACACUUGGAGGAGGAGAUAGGAACUAGUACUAUUCUCUACUUGGUUACCUUCUUUUCGCAGUCCUGUAGCACUUUAAAACCAAAAAACCUUCUGGAAACCCAUCUAUAGCCCUGAGGUGUUCAAACUACAUGUAAGUACUGGGGGAUUACUUUUACAGAGCCAUAUGACAAUGUGUUGGUUUUGUUGUUUGUUUUUGUUUGGGUUUUUUUCUGCCAGUGUGCUGACAUCAGUUUUAUACAUAAUUUGUUCUUUUAAUAAUAAUUUUUUUUUUCUUUUCUCUCCCACCCAGCUUCUUCCCUCCAUUUGCAUGUGCUUUGGAAUAGUGGGUGUUUCAAUCCUUGUAGGAGUUAAACCAACCCGCAGCAAACAUGGCAGACGAGGACCUUAUUUUUCGUAUGGAAGGCAUUGACAAUGCCAGAACGACCACAGCGAGCUCUGGGGAUUACCUUGAUGCUGACAGUGAUGAUGAAGACAGUUAUUUUAUCUGUCCAAUAACUGAUGAUCCAGUUUCUGACAAGUCUGCCAAUACCAAAGUAGACAAUUAUUACAGCAGCUUAGCGAAAAGUGAUCAGUACAGUUCGAGCUCUUCUCCCAGAAGCUUUAGCUUUAAGAAUGACACACAGCAUCGUUCUAAGCAUGGCUCUGUGGUUGACCAUGGUCGGGAAACCUGGAAACAUGCUAUUGAGAAAGCCAAGCACAUGCCUGAUCCGUGGGCAGAAUUUCACCUGGAGGAUGUUGAGACGGAACACGCCACUCGUUACAGGUACAAUGCAGUUACUGGGGACUGGGUUGAAGAUGAAGUCCUUAUCAAGAUGGCUGCACAACCUUUUGGCCGUGGAGCGAUGCGAGAGUGUUUCAGAACGAAAAAGCUGUCCAACUUCUUACACACGCAGAACUGGAAAGGUGCCUAUAACUAUGUGGCCAAGCAAUACAUAGAGAGUGUGAGCAGGGAGGUGUAUUUUGAGGAUGUCCGACUGCAGAUGGAAGCAAAGCUCUGGGGAGAAGAGUACAACCGGCACAAACCACCCAAACAGGUGGAUAUAGUCCAGACCUGUAUUAUUGAAAUGAAGAAUAGACCUGGAAAGCCUCUCUUUCAUCUGGAACAUUACAUUGAGGGCAAAUACAUCAAAUACAACUCCAAUUCUGGAUUCGUGCGGGAUGACAACAUCCGUCUCACUCCGCAAGCCUUCAGUCACUUCACCUUUGAGCGCUCAGGACACCAACUCAUUGUUGUUGAUAUCCAGGGAGUCGGAGACCUUUACACGGACCCUCAGAUCCACACGGAGAACGGGACAGACUUUGGAGAUGGCAACCUAGGUGUUCGAGGUAUGGCCUUGUUCUUUCAUUCUCAUUUCUGCAACAAGAUCUGCAAAAGCAUGGGACUUGAACCAUUUGAUCUUUCAUCCAAAGAGAAGGAUGCCUUGGAUUAUAAUAAAAAAUUGCUUGAAUCUGCGCAGACCAUCCUCCGGGGCACGGAGGAGAAGUGCGGCAGCAGCCGGGUGAGGACGGUGUCGGGCAGUCGGCCCCCUCUGCUCUUCCGCCUGUCCGAGAACUCGGGGGAUGAAAGCAUGAGCGACGUGGCCUUCGACUCCCUGCCCUGCUCCCCUUCCUCAGCAACCCCUCACAGCCACAGGGUGGACAUGCUUAAUUGGCCUGUGUUCAAUGAAGUAGAUAACUUGGUUCACAAAGACUUUGAUCAGCUUGAUAACCAAAGGGAUUUUGAAAAUGGUGGAGACAGUGGAUACCCCAGUGAAAAGAGAAGCGAGAUGGAAGAUCUGGAUCACAGAGUAAGGGGCCAUUCAAACAACAUCCGGAGACAGGAGUCUGAUGAAGACAGUUUGGGAAGCUCUGCAAGGAUCAGUGUGGAGAAAUGGAAUCUGUACAACUCUUCCAGAGUUCAUGUCCACAGACCAUCUUGUGUUGCCCAAGAAAUCCAGAGGCUCAAUGCACUAGAACUUGAAAAGAAAAUAGGGAAGUCAGUCCUUGGAAAGGUCCACUUGGCCAUGGUUCGCUACCACGAAGCCGGGCGUUUCUGUGGGAAGGACAAGGACUGGGACCGGGAGUCGGCCCUGUUUCACCUGGAACACGCUGCAGACUGUGGGGAGCUCGAAGCCAUCGUUGGGUUGGGACUCAUGUGCUUUCAGCUGCCACAUCACAUUCUUUCUGAGGUCACCCUGGAGGACACAAAGGAGAACAGAAAUAAAGGAUUUAAUUACUUGCUGAGAGCAGCAGAAGCUGGAGACCGGCCUUCCAUGAUCCUGAUAGCAAGAGCAUAUGAUACAGGUGUAAAUCUUGGUGCAGACAGAGGCCAGGACUGGAAGGAGGCCCUGCACUGGUACAACGCUGCACUGAACAUGACUGACUACGAUGAGGGAGGGGAGUAUGAUGGCACUCAGGAUGAGCCCCGCUACCUGCUGCUGGCCAGGGAGGCAGAGAUGUUAAUGACAGGAGGGUUCCACCUGGAUAAGGAUCCACAGAGAUCAGGUGAGCUUUACACAGAAGCAGCAGAAGCAGCAAUGGAAGCCAUGAAAGGCAGACUGGCAAAUCAGUACUACCAAAAAGCAGAAGAGGCUUGGGCGAUGAUGGAGGAAUGACGUCGAAAUUAAGCAGUUCCUGUAUAUAAAUUUUUUAUAGACUUCCUGCAUUUGCAGCUAAAAAGCUAUAUUUUUAUGUGAUGUUACCAGUUCCUUUUUUUUUUGUAUUUUAGUUUUUUAAGUUUUUUGAGGGGAGAAAUUCAACUGUAACUAUGUAGGGUGCCAUAGCAUACUUCUGUUAGUGUUCUAAAGCUGUAAUAUAGACACACUUGACCUUUUGUACUUUUUUAACUCUUAGAGGGCUUAGUUCUUUUGACCAGAAAAAUGAAGCCUUAUUGUUUAGGUUUCACAUGUCCUGGUUUUUUUGCAGCAAAUGAUCAGUGUGUUUACAUUUUUCUUCUUCUCCCCAUGCACAGAAAAAACAUUUUCCUAAAUUCUCAGCAUUUCUUCAUCAUUUUUGGUGUAAGUCACCAAAUUUGCACAUAAAUGUAAAUUCUCAGUUUAUGGAUGCAACUACUGAUGUUAAUAAGUAGUCCCAUUCUAUUAUGCUGGCAUUGUUGGACACUUCUCUUAUUCUCAGAUGAAUUCCAGAUAGAAUCCUUACAAUUUGGGAAGGGGUGGGAAAGAUGCUUCCGAUUGGCAGUGAGGAUGUUCAGGAUGGAAUGUUUUAUUCAUCACCAACAUUGCAUAUCACACCAUUAGAAAAUCACUCAUGUUCCUGAUGAGGUGAGGCAUCCAGCUGCCUCUCUCACUUCCACAUUUUGCACCAUGUAAUAGCUUAGUUGUUUAAAAUUCUAUUGAUCUUCCAUGUGUCCAGUGAUGUACAGUAGCAAGAUCUGUAAUAUAUGGGUAAUUUCAAGUUAAUUUUACAGUGGCAUCUCAAUUCUCAGUGAAGCUAGAUCAUCUCACUUAAAAUGACAAUAUGCUUUCCACCAUGUCCAGAGGGAUGUUUGAAAAGGUUAGAAGAUGGUGAUUUGCCUUUUAUAUGUACAGAAAGCAAUUUAUAUGUUUUAAAUAUAUUUUAAAAUGGUAUUUUAUCUGCAAAUGGUUUCAAAUGUCAGUUAAAUUGCUGGUUAAAAGGGGAGAACAGUAUUAUCCCCAAACACUUGUAUUUGUGUCCUGUUUGCUCCUGACCAGUAAUGGGAGGACAACUAUGUGGUGGUGGUUGAAUUAUGAUGGCAUAGAGAGAAGUUUCUUCCAAAUCUGGUAUUUUAUUCCAUCUCUAUGGAUAGUACAGAAGCUGUUCCUAUUCCUUGGCUGUGGUUAACAGUCAUUUUGCAGGAGAUUUAAGGUGGAAACUUCUGCUUUCUUGGCCUUAGUCUGCUGAGGGUGUAAAUUGAUGUCCAUAAGGGGCAGCCCCUGUCAAGUGCUGAAUUACCUGUAGUACUCACCACUUCAGCCAAGCUGUUCAAAACAUGCUGAAAGCUAAGCAGGCUGUGAAAUGGUGCAGCUGAACAGGAUUUCUUGUAUAGCCCAGUGAUAUUAAUCUCUUGUAAAAUGCAGAAACUGCUCAAGGAGCAGAGUCAGUUCUCCCUGUCCUGUGCAGUGCCUGUCACUGGGCUCACGUUGUGCUCCCCAUUUUCUCUUUUUCUGGCAAAUGGAUCUUGAAUUCCUGCUCAGACAAUAUCCAAGGAUGAUGUUAAUAACAACUGCCACUGUCUGAGAGAUCUCCUGGUGGUUAAGGAUGUGAGAUAAAAAGAUUUCAAUCCUUUCAAGGAGAGAAGGGAGUUAUCUUUGGAUGUUCUGCUUCUGGGUGGGUGCUGUAACCACCAGGCAGUUGUAGCCAUGAGGGCUCUUACAACUCAUGGCAGCAUCUUGUGUGCAUUGCAGGGCUCGUGGGACAGCAGUGCCCACGGCCUUUUUAGUUUGGUCUUGUUUUGAGAGUGAAGGCGAAGCUCUUCACCCAUCGAUAGAGGAGUAUCUAAUUUCUAGGUCUCAGUUGGUCUUUGGUGAUAUUAAGCAAGGUACUAAAGCAAUCAGAUUAAGGACCUAACAUGCUGAAAAAGAACCAGAGUUUGUAGGAUUGCAAGUCAGGUGAAUGUUUGAAGUGCCUAUCCAGAGUUCUGCUUCAGACACUUAAAGCCUCUUUGGCCUUUUUUGCUAUUUCAGUUCAAGCAUCACAACUCCAGCUGUGACCUCGAAAGACAGCUGAAUAGUUGUGUUUUGUGCAGCACCAGUACAGUGCAGGCACUACAACAAAUUCAGACUAAAGGAUUAGUUUUCCUCAGAAGGUGUUGAUGCCAAGUCCUUGAGAUUUUCCUUGAGGAGGAAACGUGUGUGACAACACCACCAACCAUGUAGGGAGGAGAGGAGACUGAAAGUGCCUGUCCAAAAUGUGUAUGUAAAGGAUGUAGAGUGUAAUUAUCGACACUUUUUGGUGUAGUUUAAUUUGCUAAAUUCAGUAGUUGCUAAAGUUGCUGACAGCUCUGUGUUGAUCUGGUAUGUAAAUGUGCACAGAACUCAGUGCAAAAAUUACUAUGAUUAAUUCUUUGUUUGCAAAUACUACUUUUUAAUGAUGAAGACUGUCUUCUGUCCUAAGAUGGUAUCAUAGGAUUUAGCCAUACAAUAAAUGGGACUGUCAAUAAUAUGAAAAUUUUUUAUGUUUACAGAAAUAACGGUAUUCUGUGACAUUCUUUUGAAGGGAAAAACUAUAUAUUUGACAAACUUCUGCAGUGAUAUUGCUACAUGCUGUAUUUUUAAUCUAUUCACAAUGAAUAAAAAUCUGUAUUUGUACAAAAUGUGAAAAUAAAUCUGAGGCUCAGCCUGCCAGAACUUACCUGGGUUCAGUGUUUCCAGAUGUCAGUGGGAAUAUUGCUUGGGUAAGGACAGUGAGAUGGAAGCCUUUGUUUGUGUGUCAGACAUGCAAAUACUGCCUGCCUGCAUCACUUAGUCCUCUCAUUCACUGUUAUCUGGUUUCAUUCCAGCUGGCCAAUAAAAUUGUUCUUUUUGUCA